AUGGCGGGGCCCGCGGGCCGGGGGGGCCGGGCGGGCCGCUCCGUGUCCACCGCCACCCCGCUGCGGCCGGGCCGGGGCCGCCGCCGCUCCCCCGGCGGCAGCCUUGCCCUGUACUUUUCAUCAAGCAGUGAUGAUGAAUUUGAAACGUUUUUAUCUAGAAUGAAAACUCCCAAACCAGUCUCCAGAAAGGAGCAUGCAAGUUUAAAGGACUUCAUCGAUGACUCGGAUGAUUUCUUCUUGGACCAUGAAGUGAGAAAGAGCACAACAAAGAAGGCACUUAAGGAUCUUCAAACCCCAAAGAAGCUGAUGACUCCUGGAAAGGAAAAUGCUUGCUCUCCAAAAUUUAAGUAUCCAGAGGUUUUAAGUGACAGUGAAGAUUGCGUCUUUGUGGGAAGUUCGUGGCAAGACUACCAAAAUGGGGGAGUGAAAGACUUGAAAGAGGGUCAGAGGUGCAUGAAACUCCCGCCUCCACAAAAUCUGAAAGAGUCAAUUGCCACAGGUAGUCCAGACUUCCUCAUUGGAAGGAAAGAAAGAAGUUGUGAAACUAGUACAGAAAACAAAACGCCAGCCAUUCCACUACGACCAAGUGCAGGGUUAGAAUCAGACAGCUCAGACAGUGAAUUUGAAUCAUUGAUAGAACGGGUGAGGAAACGAAGUGUACCCCGAAAACCGCUCUUAAGCACAAGUAAAACUGCCUACCAGCCGAGCACAAUAGAAAACAUCAAGCCACCCUGUGAAGGUGCCCAGUCCUCAAAAGGGAACGGAAUCAAGACACCAACGUCAAACUCCAUUUCACUUCAAGAAACACCUUCCAGGAUAACGGCUUCUGUGAGAAUUCCUAGGAAUGAGUCAGUCAGUUGCUCAGGAUCAGCACAGACAGAGAAAAAGCUUACCGUGUGCUCAGUGCCUGGCUGUUUCUUGCAAGAUCUCUCAAAUCCAGCUUCCAAGUAUGUGAAGUAUUUUAAGAAAAGUAAAGAGGAGCUGACUCAGAAGCUCUACUGUCUCUAUAAUAGCACCAUCUUUGAGCAGAAGUUACCAGAGAAUAUGGUAAUAACCUGGAACAAGAAAAUGAGAAAAACAGCAGGAUACUGUGUAACCGGGCAAACAAAAGGUCCUGAAGCACAGCGUUAUGCUCGAAUAGAGCUUUCUGAGAAAGUCUGUGAUUCUGCAGAUCGUCUUCGAGACACGCUAAUUCAUGAGGUUUGCCAUGCAGCCACCUGGCUGAUCAAUGGUGUUCGCGAUGGGCAUGGGCGAUUCUGGAGAUACUAUGCCAGAAAAUCAGCUAUGAUUCAUCCAGAGCUGCCAAUGGUAACACGAUGCCACAACUAUGAGAUUAAAUACAAAUUCAUCUAUGAGUGUGUUCUGUGCAAAACCACGAUUGGACGUCAUUCCAAGUCUCUGGACACAGAGCGCUUCGUGUGUGCACUCUGCGGGGGGCGGCUGGUCCUGAGUCAGCCCACUCAGAAGGACGGCACUCCUGCUAGGACACAUCUCACACCCUUUGCAAAGUAUGUGAAAGAAAACUAUGGGCUUACUAAAAGAGAGCAGCAUGGGUUGAGCCACGCAGAAGUUAUGCGGAAACUCAGUGCUGAUUUUGCCUUAAAAACUAGGCUUGAAGAUUCCUUGUAAUAGCUUGAUGCACUUUGUUUCUUGAUGCCGUUCAACAUUUGUAUGUAGCGGGAAAGUAGGUGGGCCUAACAUGGAAUCUGUGAGAAGGUGUUUUGGAGGAUUCCAGACAAUUUUAAUGCUUUAGUUUUAAUAAGGAAGACCCUAAGGCCUAAGUGAGCAAAAACAAUGAUGAUGAUAGAAGGGCUGUGGCAAAUCAGUCAGCCAGGGUACCCUCUUAGAAGAUGCAGUUCUAGACCCUUCCUGCGAUAGGCUUGCUGUGUUUGUCUGGAAUUUUCUGAUCUGUAUUUACACACAGUGCUUUGUAGCAGGUUUUCAGUGACUCCAGUGAACUAUUAAUUUACUGUUCCUUCUGAGGAGCUGAUCUGCUCAGUACAUCCUUCUGUGUGUGCUACGUGUGCGUCUGUCUGGGACUGCCAGCUGUGAGAAAAAUCCAGGCACGUGGGCAAAGUCCUCUGAUUCUGUCUGGAUCACUUCCAGGCAGGCGAAGAGGCAGACCUAAGGAAGGACCCCGGUAUAGAUUCAGGCAUUCCUCAAGUGAUCCUUGACUGUUUUUCUUAAAGUGGUAGGUAAAUAGUGCCUGAAAUCUGUUACAGUAAGCGUGAGUUUUUGCAAAGCUCUCUGGCUCCUACUGAGAUCAGAGUUCUUUCUGAUUAAUUUUUGACUGCAGUUGUGCCUCCGUCACUGAGAUUUCAUUGAAGCUACAAUAGAUGCAAAAGGAUAGGUAGAAAAAAUCAACUUCACUUUUUUGGACCGCAGAAUAACAAGAUCUAGUCUGAUGUAUUUUUUUCAUGUGGAACGUGAUUCAAUGCAUGGUUGUCUGCUGUGAACAAGUUUGCUCAGGUGGUUAUUACAUUUUGAAUAAUCAAUAAAUGUUUUUUUAUACCAAUUGUCAUAACAAAA